UUUACAGUGUGUAUGUAUAAAAUUUGCUAGUGCCAAAUGUAAUUGCGCAAUUACCGUGCACGUAACAGGCCAUAUUGAAUGAAAGCAGGGGAAAAGAAGAUGAAGAUGUGGUGUGUUUCUCCCCUGUUAAGUCUUUUUGUCCUGCAUCUUGAGGCUAAUUCUGGACUCAAAGUGAGAAUAACACAAAGAGGGCUGAAUUAUGAUACACGUUAUGCACAUAGUCUGAAGGAAAGGAGGUUGGAAUGAAGAUCCUGCAGCAAGAAAUAAAGGAAAAAGGAUUUCCAGAUAGGAAUGGCACUCAGACAUUCUUAUUUGGUACUGUUGACUACAGGGUUUCUAGGAUUCAAAUCACUUCCAUUUCAAUACAUAACACCUCUGUGGUUCUAGUACCUGAGAACAGAAUAGUAGUGGCUGUAAGAGAUGCUUCUGCAAGAGUUAGUACACAUUGGACGUUGAACAACUGGCUGUUAGACUAUCAUGGAAAAGCUGAAAUAUCCAUUUUAGGAAUAUCUGUUACAGCAACUAUUAAUAUGUCACAAAAUAACAGAGGAUACCUAUUGAUGCUUGUUCCUGACUGCCGUAUGAGCAUAGGUGGUAUUAAAGUCCAGCUGAGUGGAAGAGGAAGCUGGUACUAUGACAUGUUUUUCCAGUAUCUGGAAAAAACUAUACAAAGAAAGCUGCAAAACAGAGUAUGUCUCAGUAUUAAGUUCAGAAUCCAAAAAAUGGCUGCAGCUCUUAAGAAGCUUCAGGCCACAUCCCAAAUUGACUCCUUUGCCCAAAUUGAUUAUUCCCUUACCAAACCUCCAGAAGUCUUUAGAUCCUACAUUGAACUGGAUUUUAAGGCCUCAGUGUAUCCAAUAAGGAAUCAUACAGAACUUCUCUUCAUGACAGUUCCCUUCUCUCUUCCAGACAACAAUGAUAAUAUGAUGUACUUUGGAAUCUCUGAAUACUUUUUAAAGUCUCUUUCCUUGAGUUAUUACACAGUUGGGGCCUCAAAGAUACAUUUUUCAGAAGAGCAUUCCUCAUCUUUUAACUUAACUACAGAAGCAUUGAGCCGAAUCAUUCCUGAAAUUGCUCAGCAUUAUACAGAAUCCCAUCUAGUAAGGACAAGUGUAGUGGUUACUGCAGCACCCACUGUAUGGUUGCAAAAUAACAGUUUAACUGUAAAGAUUCCUUGUUUUGUGGAAGUCUCUGCUCUUCUGCUAAACCAAACUAUGCAACCAAUCUUCGCAUUGAAUAUAUCUGCCAUUACUAAUGCUACUGUAGCAAUAACUGAACAAAGGCUAAUUGGCUCAUUACAGCUCAAGAGAUUACAGCUGUCUCUGACAUAUUCAAACAUUGGCUCCUUCCAGGUCUCAUUUUUGAAGAAUCUCCUGGCCUGUUUUUUGCACAACACAGUAAUUUUACCAAUCAAUGAUGUUUUGAAGAGAGGAUUCCAUCUUCCUAAUAUGGCCAGAAUUGCUUUUCUUGGACCUGCCAUUAAACUUAACCAGGUGAAAUUAGUAUUUCUUUGUAAGGGUUAUAUCCUGAUAACGACUGAUGUAAGCUACAAAUACUAAGAAAAUUGGUAUCUUAAUGGAUGAGAAGCUUGGCUGAACAGAAGCUUAGAAUACACUGGAGUUGUUUUUAAAAGUCUCUAGCUCCCUUUUGCGCCCUAUUCACAUAUUGUUUUUAGUGUGAUUAUCCAAAUAAUCUCACUAAUGCAUUCCAGUUCUGUUGUUCACACUAUUUUUUAAAUACAAACUGGAUCUCUGCAAGUUCGGUUGCUCACACAUGUCAGCAAUGAUUUAAAAAUGGAAUUGAUGAUGUGGAUGUAUUUGAUAUAUGUUCAAGACAUGCAGAGUUUGAUCCUGGUUUAUCCCAGGUCUAUUCUCAUCGGUUAUUCACAAAGCCGACAAUGUGAAUCUUUUAGCAAAACUCUGGGGAAACCGAGAUCGAUUAUCCCAGGUUUGGAUACAUUCAAAAUGCAUACGAAAAACAAAGACUUAACCCACAUUCUACCAGGAUUAUUUUCACCAUCUGAAUUACCCCUUGGGAGUGACAAAGGGGAAGAAAAGAAUGUUUAUAAUAUGUGCCACAGAAAAGCAAUUGGCAGUCAUGAUAAAGAAUCACACAUCACAUUUUGAGAUCU